CUCCUUACUCACCAUUGCAAAUGCAGGCUGAAAGGAACAAGCCUAGCUGUAGAACCUUCUUGAUAUCCUCACUAACAUCUCCCUUAGCUAACUCAGAUCCGUAUAAAGAUCGCUCGUACCGCCGAGCUGACAGGAACCCCUCUUUCUGAUGUCAGACACUACAGUACAAGAGCAGCCUUCAACAUCAUCAACAUCUACACCAAACACAUUUAUAUCUAUUAAGACCUUGACUGCGCUUGUCGCAUUAACAGCAAUAGCCCUGGCGUUCUCCAGUUCCCUCCGCAGCACCCUUUCCUCAGUCCUCACCAAACCCACUACUCGCGCCAUGUCUACCGUCGCCCCAGCAAGCAUGAAGAUCACAAAGCGCCCAUGGUCGCACCGCGGCCACGCUGACCACGACUGGUUGUACUCAUACCACACGUUCUCUUUCGCCUCGUACUACGACCCACGCCACGAGUCCUUCGGUCCGCUGCGCGUCAUCAACGAAGACCGUGUCAAGCCCGGCACAGGUUUCGGCACGCAUUCGCACGCCGAGUUCCUGAUCUUCAGCUACAUUGUCAAUGGCACACUCGAACACAAGGACAGCAUGGGCAACCUGGAGAACCUGAAGCGCGGGGAGGUGCAGUUCACCAGCGCAGGAACCGGCAUCAGGCAUUCCGAAUACAAUCGCAACAAGGACGACGAAGUGCACUUCUUGCAGAUCUGGGCCAAGCCAAACAAGCGCGGCCUGAAGCCGCAUUAUGAGACGAAGAAAUUCACCGAUGAGCAGAAGACCGAUAAGCUGUGCAGGAUUAUGGAAUCAACCGAUCGCCUAGGUGAUAGGAAGGAUGCGAUCGGGCUCCAGGCAGAUUUGAGCAUGGACGCGAGUAUCCUGUCGCCGGGAAAGAAGGUCACGCACGAGGUUGUUGCUGAGGGGGCGAGGAAACUGUUCGCGCAGGUCAUCAUGGGCAAGAGGGCACAGCCAAAGACGGGCGGCGCGCAGAUCAAGAUCGGCGACGUUGUACUCGGAGAAGGCGAUGGAGCUUACAUCGAUGGCGUCAAGGGACCGUCGAGCAUCGAGAUUGAGAGCGUGGGCGAGAAGCCGGCUGAGUUCUUGCUGUUUGACAUGGGCCCUGAAGAGCAAUAAGUGUGGCCGUGUGAGACAUAAGUAUUUAUUUUGAGCGUCUUCAGUUAUUGUAACAAACGAUAGAGUAUCACACCUAACUUCAUUUUGAA